GAGACGUCAGACCAGGGACUUUCCUGAAGUAGGAGCCUUCUGGGCACAAAGGCAGAGCCAGUGCUGGGGACCAUGGUGAGAAGGAAAGUCUCCUGGAAGAAGGGCUACAUCCCGAGGCCCUGGCCCAGCAACCCCAUGAAGAAGUUAUAUGCUGAUUAUUUCAACUUUCACUUCACAAACGAGCUCACCCCCCCAGGUCGAAAUGGCUGUUACAUCUGCUACGAAGUGCAAGGAACCCACUCACUUAUUUCCUUGGACAGAGGAGUCUUUGAAAAUCAGUUCUAUCCAAAGAAGAGAGUCCAUGCGGAAGUCUGCUUCCUGAAUUGGUCCAAGGAGUGGCCCUUGGAGAAGACCCCGACCCCUGGCGAACCAUACCGAGUCACCUGGUACAUGUCCUGGAGCCCCUGCGUGGAAUGUGCCAAGCAGGUGGCCGACUUCCUGAACACACAGAAGUGUGUGCAGCUGCGCAUCACCUUCUCUCGCCUCUACCACUCCAAUAAGCCGGAAUACCGGCAGGGGCUUCGGCACCUUGCUGGUGCCGGGGCCGAGCUGGCUGUGAUGUCUCCAGAGGAGUUUGAAUACUGUUGGGACAACUUUGUGGACAACUGUGGAAGGUCCUUCAGGUAUUGGAAGGGUAUACGUCGAAAUUAUUAUGCUCUGAAGAAGAUGCUUGAAGAAAUCCUCUGCAACCCAAUGCACAGCUUACCUCCCAGGACCUAUAUUUUCAACUUCCUUAACCUGCCAGUUGCCUGUGGGCGGAACAACACGCACCUCUGCUUCCGGGUGGAAGACCAAAAGAACAACUCUCCCAGGUCAUACUACUGUGGGGUCUUUCGAAACCAGUUCUAUCCAAAGAAGAGAGUCCAUGCGGAAGUCUGCUUCCUGAAUUGGUUCAAGGAGUGGCCCUUGGAGAAGACCCCGACCCCUGGCGAACCAUACCGAGUCACCUGGUACAUGUCCUGGAGCCCCUGCUUGGAAUGUGCCGAGGAGGUGGCCGAUUUCCUGGGGAACACACAGAAGUGUGUGCAGCUGCACAUCACCUUCUCUCGCCUGUACCACUCUAAGCCGGAAUACCGCAGCAGGGGCUUCGAUUUUGAAUACUGUUGGGACAACUUUGUGGACAACCGUGGAAGGUCCUUCAGGUAUUGGAAGGGUAUACGUCGAAAUUAUUAUGCUCUGAAGAAGAUGCUUGAAGAAAUCCUCUGGAGCCUUCUGGGCACAAAGGCAGAGCCAGUGCUGGGGACAGAAAUCAGCAGAGAAACAGCCAGGCAAGAGGACGACGUCAUGGAGCCCUGGCCCAGGUUACCUCCCAAGACCUACAACUUCAAUUUCCGCAACCUGCGAGAGGCCCCCGACCGAAACGCCACCUACCUCUGCUUCGAGGUAGAGGAAGAACAGCAUGACUGCCCUGAGGACUACUACUGGGGGGUUUUUCGAAACCAGCCCUCCCACCUCCUAAACGGCUACCUGGAGGAGCCUCUCCAUGCAGAACAGUGCUUCCUCUCUUGGUUCGAUGACCAGUAUCUGUCUCGUCGUGUGAAUUACCAUGUCACCUGGUUCAUGUCCUGGAGCCCCUGCUUAGAGUGUGCAGAGGAGGUGGUCCAUUUCCUGGGGGAGCACGAGAACGUGAGCCUGAACAUCUCUGCCUCCCGCCUGUACAAGUGUGAGGACGAAGACCAGCAGCAGGGGCUUCAACUACUGCACCAGGCAGGGGUCGAAGUGGCCGUGAUGUCUCCAGAGGAGUUUGAAUACUGUUGGGACAACUUCGUGGACCACCGUGGAAGGUCCUUCAGGUAUUGGAAGGGUAUACGUCGAAAUUAUUAUGCUCUGAAGAAGAUGCUUGAAGAAAUCCUCUGCAGGGGAUGACUUCGGGGUCCGAGGGGCCUCCCGAGUGUGUUGCAGGAGGAAGACUGCGUCCCUGGGGAGCCCAGCCCCGCUGUGGGCCCCAGGCUCUGAGUCUGAUUGGAGGGAAAACAGGCUUCUCUCCAGGUCUCUGAAGCCGCCCUUGUCCUGCUCCCAGCUGCAUAGAAAUGCUCGCCUUCUGGCUUUUGGAGGAGACAACUUGGAGAGGGCUUGCUUUUCUCUUCGUUCACUUUGGCCAAAUCCAAUAAAGCUUCUGUGACUCUGG